CUGGUGCAGUACAGCAGACGGGGAGCUGCUGCAGCGACAUCCAACCACUCUGCAUCAUCACACAGCAACAUAACCAGCUAAAGACAUUUCCCAGCAUUCAUUAAAGCUCUGAGUGGCUGUUUGACCUUCCAGCUUCCAUUUUCCAGCUCUGCAGCUUCAGGCUCGCAGCCCCGGACUGUUCCUCCUCCGUUACCUCCUGCAGAGACACCAUGAACAUCAGCCUGCAGCUUCCUGUGGACUAGGACCAGAGAGCUCCCUGCCUUCAGCUUUUCUUCAGCACUUUUCUUUAUCUUCACCGUCUGAUGGCCACCAGUCCCAGCGUCGCCCAGCCGUCCAGCAGUAUGGAGGAGUCCCAGCAGCCACACCAGUCAAUCAGCACGCAGCAUGACGGACAAGUUGGCCACACUGCCGUGACUUCUCAACCGGUCAGUGCAGAGCAACAAGCCCCGCCCCCGACAACAGAGGACAGAGACAUCGACCACCUGACAGUCAUCAGUGACAACACAGAGAGUAACGGUAUCGGUCCCGUGAGGGUCGACUCGUCUCCCACAGUGUCCUCUGUGUCGCCCAAGCUGCACGCUAAACCGAUCGGUCAUGUUAACGGUCGGCCUGGUUUGGGCAGCCGGUCCGGCUCGUUGGCGAUGGGCUCACCCAGGCCCUCGCUCACCCGCCAGCCCAGCGCAAUCACAGAGGCCACUGUGGACGGGUCCAAGCCGAGGGACUACCUGAUCCUGGCCAUCCUAUCCUGCUUCUGCCCGCUCUGGCCCAUCAACAUCGUAGCCCUCACCUUCUCCGUGAUGUCCCGAAACAGUCUGCAGCAGGGCAACAUCGACGGAGCUCGCCGUCUGGGCCGUAAUGCCAUGGUUCUGUCCGUCGUCUCCAUCUUGGGAGGAAUCGCCAUCAUUGCCGCCGCCAUCGCCCUCAACUGGGGAUUGAUAUUAAAAUACUGAUGAAAAAUCGGCUGGAAAAGAUGAGACAGACUUCACGACAACAUCUGACUGACACGACACCGCUCACUCCGAUCUCCUGAAGCACUAUUAUUCUCAAGCGCCUGCACCGGAUGAAAAAUAAAUCUGUUCCUGUUAUUUGCUGUUGUUUCUUGCUGCACGACGAGCAUGGUCUGCCUGACGCUCUACCUCCAACACGACCCACCAACCCACCGACCCACCGACCGACCGACCGACCGACCCACUCCCGACCCAGACGCCCGAUGGAAGAGGAGAGAAGGAUGGAUCACAAGAUUUCAUUUUGUGGUAGCAGCUUAUCUCCUCCGCAGACCACUUUUGUUCUCAUCGAUGAACAAGUGUGUCUGUUGUCAUGGAAACGGACAUCUGUCUCUAUGGAAAUGGGAUAAUUCUGAUAUGUUAUAUUUCCAGUAACGGUGCAAACUGGAGGACGUGGUUUCCACUUUUUAAUGCCAAAAAAUUCGAAACUUAGCUGAACUGAAACUGUUGGUGUGACGGUUCAACACGAACUGAAGGCAGGAGAGAAAAACACUGAGUGACCUGUUUCCUGAGAAAGUGAUGGAUGGUUUCAUCAUCCAUCUGUUCCUGUUGGUGUUUAUGACGCACACACACACACAAAGGUGGACACACACACAUGCUGCUGCUGUAUGGUGGUCAUAGAGAGCCCCAGUACUGAUGUUCCACUAACAUCUGGCACUCAAAACCACCUCCCAUUCAGGUUUUCUUGUGAAAGUGUUUUAUUAACCACAGUUGUUGUAUUACUUCAUAUCCACGACAUCAUCUCUCUGCUGUCCGCUCGACUGUCGACUGUGAAUCAGACUGAAUUAUAGCCAUUCUGUCUGAUAUUGUGUUCAUGUUAGCUGACUUCUGCUUGGGAUUUUGUUUUGUUUUGUCCUGACCAACUGACCCUUCCUAAGUCCCGCCCCUUUUUGUUGUGCGCUCC